AUGAAAUCACGCCACAAAGCAACGCUCUACAGCUCCAGCCACGCCAACCUCAGCCUGGCCACACGCCGCCUUGGACCUUGGCCUGCGACCGACCUGGACCUUGGAACUUGCUUCUCACGACCUCUCCACCCUCUCUUCCUCCAAAAGUCUUCCCGUUGCUCCCUCGUCCCUCUUUGCCUCGAUCCCGCGCCGGCUCGCCUAACCCCGGCCCUUGCCCACUUGACUCUCCAAUUUGUUUUUCACCAGCGUCAUCGCCAGCUCCAUCGCCACUUUACUCUUCUCCUAGUUACCCUCGUUCUUUUUGCUUCUCCUCCCCAUCCUCUUCUCCCAUCUCCUCCACCACCUUUGCUCUACCCUCUCUCUACCCAGACGGCACAUCCGUCCCCCACCCUCUCCAUCAUGACAGACUACACUUCGGGCAUCAUGCCCCUGAGCCAGGUCCAUCGCCCUCCCUUCACUGUCCAGGCUCCUGGUGUCGAAAAGGUCCCCGGCGAGACCAUUCCUCGCCGCCACCCUCGCGCGAAGAACGGCCUUCUCAACCACCCGGCCAAGGACGUCAACACAGUGUUCGACAUUGUCCGGCGCAGCGCCCGCGUCUACCCCAACAACACCGCCGUCGGCACCCGCAAGCUCGUCAAGCUCCACAGGGAGACGAAAAAGGUCAAGAAGAACAUCGAUGGCGAGGUGCAAGAGGUCGACAAGGAGUGGCAGUUCUUUGAGCUCUCACCCUUCUCAUUCAUCACCUACAAGCAGUACGAGGAGCUUGUUCUCGAGAUUGCCUCUGGUCUGCGCCAUCACGGCCUUGGCUCCGAGGAUAAGCUUCACCUCUUUGCCACCACCAGCGCCAAUUGGUCUUCCAUUGCCCACGCUUGUGCUUCUCAGUCCAUCUCCAUUGUUACCGCCUACGAUACCCUAGGCGAGAGCGGCGUCGCCCACUCUCUCCUCCAGACCGAUGCCAAGGCCAUGUUUGUCGACCCUCACCUGCUCAAGACCGCCUCCAAGCCCAUCAAGGACUCCAAGGUCAGGCUCGUCAUCAUCAACGAGGGCUGCAUUUUCGCCGAGGGCGGUGAGGUCGAGGCCUUCAAGGCCGAUAACCCUAAUCUCACUGUAGUCACCUUCGAGGAACUCCGUGAGGCCGGCAAGAACAACAUGGUUGAGCCCAACCCCGCCAGCGCCACGGACCUCUUCUGCAUCAUGUACACCUCUGGAUCUACCGGCCUGCCUAAGGGCGCUUGCAUCACGCACGAGUCCCUCAUCUCUGGUGUCACCGGCCUCCUCACCUGCGUCGACGAAUGCGUCAGCGACAGAGAAGUCGUUCUCGCCUACCUUCCCCUCGCCCACAUCUUCGAAAUGGCCCUCGAGAACCUGCUCAUGUUCAUUGGCGGCACCGUCGGCUACGGCAACCCCCGCACCCUCUCCGACACCUCCGUCAAGAACUGCGCUGGAGAUAUGCGCGAGCUCAGACCUACCGUCAUGGUCGGUGUUCCGCAAGUUUGGGAGACUGUCAAGAAGGGCGUCAUGUCCAAGCUUGAGAGUGCCAGCUCUAUCCAACAGAGUCUCUUUUGGGGUGCCUUCAACUACAAGACGUUCAUGACCAAGAACAAGCUGCCCUUUGCUAGCAUCUUUGAUAGCAUUGUCUUCUCCAAGGUCCGCACACUCACUGGUGGCCGUCUGCGCUUCACUAUGAACGGUGCCAGCGGCAUUUCGGAGGGCACCAAGCACUUCCUUUCCCUUAUCCUCGGCCCGAUGCUGGUCGGUUAUGGUCUCACGGAGACGUGUGCCAACGGCGCUCUGGGCUGCCCUCUCGAGUAUUCGCCUUUAGCUAUCGGCCCCAUCCCCGCUUCCAUCGAGGUGAAGCUCGUUUCUAUUCCCGAACUUGGCUACGAUGCCGACGCCAAGGUUCCUCAGGGUGAAAUCUGGAUGCGUGGUCUUCCCGUCAUGAAGGAGUACUUUAACAACCCCGAAGAGACUGCCAAGGCCAUUACCGAAGACGGCUGGUUCAAGAGCGGCGACAUCGGCGAGUUUGACGCCAACGGCCAUCUCAAGGUCAUUGACCGUGUCAAGAAUCUCGUCAAGAUGGCUGGUGGUGAAUACAUUGCACUCGAGAAGAUCGAGUCCAUCUACCGCGGCACCCAGACCGUUGCAAACCUCAUGGUUCAUGCCGACCCCGAGAAGAACCGUCCCAUUGCCGUCAUCAUGGCCAACCACGCUGUCUUGGUUCAAAGGGCCAAAGAUCUUGGCAUCGACGAGCACCACAUGCACACCGACCCCAAGAUUAAUGCGCUUGUUCUCAAGGACCUUCAAGCUACUGGUCGUCGCGGUGGACUGGGCGGCAUCGAGAUUGUCGCCGGCGUUGUCAUCACUGAGGAAGAAUGGCUGCCUCCUACCGGUCUCGUCACUGCCACCCAGAAGCUCAACCGCAAGGCUAUCCGCGAGCGUUACGACAAGGAGAUUACCGAGUGCGUCAAGAAGAUCUAA